UAAAAAUAGAAACCAACCAAUCAAUUGAUCAAAUGCUCUAAUAUUAGUCUGGCAUUUAAACUUUUUGACCGAUUUAUAAAAAGAUGGAUGUUCGUAAUUUUAACGAAAAGACAGGCGGCGAUAAACUAUCGUCUGGUUUGUACAACGGUUUCGACCGUGAAACAGCUAUUCUGGAUUCCGCGGACCCUUCUCAAAGUCUUGAGGAAAUGCUAAAAGAAGCCACUGAUUUACAAUCGCAUCGUUCAUUUAGUUCUGGUCGAUUGGAACUCAGAUCUGAUGAAAAUGAAUCUCCAUUCCAACACCAUGUACCAAUUAGUUCACCUGCAGCUACUCCUAAUAGUUUAUCAGAUAAAAACAAAUCUUACAACCAGACAAACUCAUAUACUAAUCAACUUGAUACAAGACAAGCUAUGCCCUCAAUAAAUGGAACCCAACAAGUUGUUCAAGGUAUAGAAGCUGGAGCCAAGAUUGAUGCUUUAAAGAAAUGGACUGUUUCAACUUAUAAAUACACAAAACAAAUGGUAUCAGAAAAGAUGGGUAGAAGAGCUCGAACUGUUGAUACAGAAUUGGAAAAACAUAUACAAGCAUUGAGAGAAACACAGUUACGUUAUGCUAACUUAUUAAAACUAUCAAAACAACUUACUUCACAAUUUAGUAAUCUAUUAGUCACACAAAAGUUAUUAGGAGAGGCCUUAACUGACUUAAGCAUAAAAUCUCCAGACCUUCAGGAUGAAUUUAAUCAAAAUGCAGAACUGCAGAAAAUAGUUUCAAAAAGUGGAGAUACCUUGCUUUCUGCACUUAACUUUUUUACUGAAAAUCUACAAACAUUAUCAGGAAAAACUAUUGAUGAUACUAUUAUGACGAUUCGUGAUUAUGAAAGUGCACGAAUUGAAUAUGAUGCAUAUCGCACUGAUUUGGAAGCCUAUGAAGCACAAGGUCAAUCAUUCAAAACGGAAGAAGCUAGAAAAGAGUUUUACAUUCAAAGAGACAAAUUUGAAUCAUUGCGCAAUAAUUUACAAAUUAAAAUGAAGUUUUUAGAAGAGAAUAAGGUAAAGGUCAUGCGAAAGCAGCUUUUAAUUCUGCAUAAUGCCCAAGCUGCUUAUUUCUCUGGUAACAAAGAAGAGUUAGAAAAGACCAUGAAAGAAUUUCACAUUCGCGUUAUGAGUAAAGGAGAAGGAACCUCUUUUUUAGAAACUCACUAGACUUUAAAUUUAACUUUAGAUAUUUCCUCAUCUUUUAUAAUUGUUUUUUUGUUUUCAGUAUUUAGUAUUUUUAUUUUAUAUGAUGCUACUUUUAAAUUUUUCUAAUUGGUUUGCAAUUGUAAAUUGAAAAAUUAUUUAAAUGGUUUGAAUUUCACUUACCUUGAGUUUAUAAAUUAUAACAU